AUGAGCAAAAUUUCUCAAGAGGCCUUUGAGUAUCUAAAUAAAUUAAGGCAGAAUCCAAAAUUAGCUAUCCCUAAAUUGCAAGAACAUCUCAAACUCUUUAAAGAAAAUAUCUUAUAAAAACCUGGAGAAAUCCCACUCCAAACAAAUGAAGGACCAAAAGUAGUCAAUGGUAUUUUUCGGAUAUAUACUAGAAUGCAUUUCAUUCUUGCAAAAUCAGAAGCCACUUGGUCCUUUGACUUGGAGUAAAGGAUUGGAAUGUGCAGCUAGAGAUCAUGUCAAAGAUACAGGACCAAAAGGAGUCACAGGUCACACAGGUACUGAUGGAUCAUCCAUGAGUGACAGAAUAGAAAGAUAUGGAGAAUGGGAUGUUACUGUUGGCGAAAAUAUCAGUUAUGGAUAAACCACAGGUGAAGAUGGUACUAAUCCAAUAUUAUUUUAGUUAUCAUUCAAUUAAUUAUUGAUGAUGGUGUUUCAUCUAGAGGACACAGAAAAAAUUGUUUUAAACCAGAAUUUGGAGUUGUAGGCAUAUAUGAUGGAGAACAUAAACAAUACAAAACUUAAUGCGUUUUUGAUUUUGCAGGAUCAUUUGAAGAUAAACCAGGACUUGAUGCCAGUGCUCCCUCUCAGAACGUUUCAUAAUAAUAACCAGAACAAUAAUAAAACAGAUAACCAGAUGCUCCUCCUGCCAAACCUUAAGUCAAAGACCCUGAUGAUAAAAUAACUUCAGACGCCUUUGACUAUUUAAAUCAAGUCAGAUAAACUCCCACACUCCCUAUUCCAAAACUAUAAAAUUUGAUGAAACUUUUUAAAGGAAGUGUUCUUUAUAAGCCUGGUGAAAUACCUUUGCAAACUAAUGAAGGUAUUAAAGUCAUUCAAGGUACUUUUUUAAUAUUAAUGAAAUAGAAUUAAUCGGAUUUUUAUAAAAACAACAGCCUCUACAUCCAUUAACAUAUGACAAAGGAUUAGAAUAAGCUUGUGCUGAUCAUGUCAAAGAUACUGGACCAAAAGGUGUCUGUGGACACACAGGAACUGAUGGAUCAUCACUCUCUGACAGAAUAGAAAGAUAUGGAGAAUGGAAUGGCAAAAUUGGUGAAAAUAUUAGUUAUGGAUAAAAAACUGGAGAAGAUGUUAUCAUAUAACUAUUGAUUGAUGAUGGAGUUGGUUCAAGAGGACAUAGAAAAAAUUGUUUUGGUUAAGAUUUCAAUCUGGUUGGAAUUGCUACAGGAGAUCACAAAACAUAUUAAACUCAAAGUGUGUUUGAUUUUGCCACUGAAUUCACUCCAUAAGGACAAUAGCCUAAAUAAUCAUCAAAUAAUUAAGGAAAGACAGUCGUGUUAGGUGGAAAAGGAGGCCAUGUUGGUGCCGCUCCUUAAUAAGAUGAAGAAGAAGAAGGUACUUUUUAUUUAUAAUUCAGAAUAAUUACCUCCUGGAUGUGUUUCUGUCAGUACAUCAUCUGCUGUGAGUAUGAAAGGUGGAUAAAAAGUUACAAAGAUCACUAAGACUUAUAAAUUUAAGGAUGGAUCUACUAAGACGGCUAUCUAGACUAUCACAGGGGGAUGA